GCUUGCCGCAGGGAGGAGCGUGUUGCGUACAAACCGCCGUAACGGCACACAAGCCGAGUCAUUUCCACUUGGUCUUCCAGCGUUUUGCAAAAGUCAACUAGCUGCCUUGCCCAUUUCCCCCAGCAACAAUCGCCAUGGUUCUGAUCAACAUUGAAAGCUCGGAAGAGUUUGAGGGUUACCUGAAUAACAGCGGAAACAAGCUCAUUGUGGUGGACUUCACAGCAACUUGGUGUGGACCCUGUAAAAUGAUCGGCCCUGUUUUUGAAGCAGCGUCCAAAGACCCGGAGUACGCAGAUGUGAUUUUCCUCAAAGUGGAUGUGGAUAAGUGUCAGGAUGUGAGCUUGAAAUGCGAAAUCAACUGCAUGCCCACAUUCCACUGUUACAGGAAUGGAAAGAAGCAAGCCGAGUUCUCUGGGGCCAAUGUUGAAAAACUCAAGGAAAUGAUCAAAUCACAAAGUAAACAACAGUAACCGUCUUUAUUCCACCCAGCAUGAAUUCAGUGCAUGUCUUGUGUGUGUCCGUUGGAACAAGUGACAAGAAGGUCGCUUCAAUAAAACAUUGGCCCGAGUUGCUCGGAAAUGA